GAGGCAAAGUGGCGCAUGCGCGCUCUUCCCACGGCACGGCCCCACCGAGCUUCCCAGCGGCCUCAGCGCUCUGCCCUUGGCCCCAGGCCGCGGGGCGGCUCCGAGCGCGCAGGCGCAGAACGAGGGGCAGUGGAGAGCGAGGAAGUGGAGGGAACUGGGGGAGCGAGAGGCCUCAUGUCUCUGAACCUUGUUCUUCCCCGGGAGGGACGCCGGGAGGAGGAGGACGACGUCGGGGCGCCGGACCAGGCCGCCGUGUCCUUCCGGGACGUGGUCGUGGACUUCACCGAGGAGGAAUGGGGGCGCCUGAGCCCGGCGCAGUGGCAGCUCUACAAGGAGGUGAUGCUGGAGAACUACCGGAACCUCGUGUCCCUGGGUGAGGCCCGCCGUGGGGGGAGGCCCGGGGCUGCGCCAGUGUCCGGCCUCCGUGCCUUUGUCCGUCCGGGGCUGCCGCCGGGCGGACUCCUGUCAGUGGAGGGUCGGGGGGUGCCACCCUGUGGCCCCCCCAAAUGCCUCCAUGGUUAACGAGGCACGUGGCUGGGCACAUGGGGGGAGCCGGGCCGAGGUUGCCCCCCAAGUGCUCUGGGAGGAUCUCGUGUAGAGCUGGGCUGGGGGGGGCCCAGGAAGGGCAGUUUGGGGCUGGGGGCCGGCGGGGCCGUCCAAAGGCUGCUGUAGUCACGGAGGCCUGUCAGGAGGAGGCAGGCUGGAGCAAGCCCCAGCAGAUGCCUCUCCCCGCCCCGCCCCGCGGGUCCCUCCCCACCUCGCUCCCUGACGACACUCCCGUCUCUCUUGUGGGCCGGAGAGCGUCCUCACCAUCGUCCUUUGGAGGAGGCACCUCCUGGCAGGACUCGAAUCCGCCUCCGCAGGGUGGCCUCCCGUGAGCCGUCUUUUGUCACCCCUUGUUCUGGGGGGCCAGGAGGAAACCCCGGCGGGGCCCCCAUUUCGGGGCCUUGCGCGAGGCUGCAGAAUCUUUGGUUAGACUUUUGGGGUCCCCGGCGGGGGUGCCCGGCCAGGGCAUCACUAACCCCCUCCUCCUCUUCUCUUCCUCCUCUGGGCCUGGCCGGACCAUCUCGCUCUCCUUCUUUGGAGGACAAGCAGCUCCUUCCUCAGAGCAUCCAACUAGGUGGCACAGAGGAUAGCGCUCUGGACCUGAUUCAGGAAGACUUGAGUUCAAAUCCUGCCUCGGACGCGUACUAGCUGUGUGACCCUGGGCAAGUCACUUAACCGCUCCCUGCCUCAGUUUCCUCAUCUGGGCCAUCCCAGCACCUAUCUCCCGAGGCGGUUGUGAGGAUGCUGUAAAGGGUUUUGCAGACGGUGGGCUUUCCGCGAAUGCUUAGCACCUCCUGUCACCCCUUCCGAAGGGCCUCCAGCGCGUCGCCCCGCGAUACUUCCUCCUCCGUUUAGCACUGGCGGGUGCAGACUGGCCGGGUCCGGGGAGGGCGUUGGCCAGGGCUCGCCUAGUUGGGCCCAGAUGGGCUCCCGGCGAGGCCAGGCGGGGGAUCCCCGACGCCCGGCCCUGAGCGCGCCUGGAGGCCGCCCCUUCCUCCCUUCUGCUUUUUCAAAAGGAAAUUGGAAAUAAAUGCUUAAGUCCAUCCACAAA